AUGGACGAAGACUUCCUGGCGCCGGCGCCCGGCUGGACGUUCCGGCUUCCGUGGCGCCGCAAGGUGUCUGCCGCCGACGUGGCGAAACUCCAGGCAAAAACCAACAAGCGGUCCAGAAAGCUCCACAGAGCGCUAGAUAAACAGAAAGCAGCUCUUCAGGCGUGGGGUGCGUCGCUUUCGGACGAAAACAGAGACAUGAUCUUCCACUACGUUCGUCUUGUGGACCAGCUCGGCGAUGUUUUGAAGUUUGACGGUCCUUCUGACGCCAUGGAGGGUGUUGCAGCCAGAGAAGCGAAAAGAGAGGAGCUUGUGGCGAAAGACCAGAAACUAGUGAAGCAAAGGGCACAUGUGGCUGUGAAGUACGGGCCCAAGUGCACCCAGGCGUUGGAAUUGGGCGAGGAAAUCAAGGAAAACAGGUCCCGAAUCGCCCUGUCUCUGGAGCAGCUAGCUGAGGCUAUAGGAGUGGAACUUCGAGAAGCGUUGGGGCAGUAUCUGGGGAGAAUGAAGGUUGCGGUAGGACGGGUUGGAAAUGCAGCAGAAAGGUUGGCAAAUGGCGAUGAUAGUGGAGAAUUGGAGUGCAAGUUUGGGGUAAGUGAAGUGAAGGUUCCUGAGGAGGAGAAGGCUGAAGAAACCUCUAUUGAGGAGGUUGCCGAAGUUGAAGAGGAAGCUGAAAAAUUUGAGGAUAUCCCAAAAGCCAAGGACCAGCCGUGGGCGAGAAUGCCUUCCAUGUUUGCACGAGCUCUGACGAUAGUUGGAAAGAAGGUGAGGAAAGGCGAGUUGGAAAAGAAGAUCUUGAAACCUGAGGAUACAAAGUAUCCAUACCCUUCUGAUCCCAAGGAAAUCAAGGCCCUUUUGGGCAAACAAGCCUUGGAAAGGAAGGAAAAUCGGGCUCAGAUGCCCUUGAGGAUGGCAUCCAGAUUGGAAGCUGAAAAGAUCGGAAAAACUGAACUCCAGAACGAAUGGGCAAACGUCGACAACGAUAUCGACGAAAAACUACAAGGCCGAGGCACAGGCGCCAACGGCACCGUCCACCGCAUGUGGAACGGCUGGUGA